GCAGCCGAAACACUAAUCCUAUUUCCCUCUUCCCAAACCAGCGGCAUUCAUGAAAUAGAACAGAGAGAAAGAGAGAUUGAGGAAUCAGAGGGAACCGGGGGAGGGGAAUCCGAGAAGAGGGACGGUGCGGUGCCGACGAGGAGUGCCGUCGCCGUUGCUGUCACCAGGAGAGAAGAGUGAUGUGAAGGAGGGAGAUGAGGCUUCAUUGUCAUCGCGCUCUGCCACACGCGAGGAGCGCCACCGUUGAAGCAACGCCUUUUGCCCCUGCCCAGUCGCGGUUCUACCAUCCAGCACCUCACUCCGUCGCUUGAGGAGAAUCACGAAAAUGAGAGAGAGCUCGCGCCGCCUCCGCCAUUCUUAACCCGUUGAAUCUGAGACAUGGAGAGAGUGGGUACGCGAGUAAGAAGGGGGGCUGAGGGCCUAGAACUGCCGCCCCUAGUCUCGUCUAUGAAGCCACUGUUGUCAUCCAAGCUCGCCACCGCCAGGCGCGUCGUCGCUGUCUCUACCCAGUGUCACCGCAGAUGAUGGGUCGCCAAGAAACACCCCCGCUGCUGCCGCCGGGAACUGCUACUGAAGCCUAUGUCAUUUGGAGUUUAUCGCGAGUUACUGCCGCCAGAACCACCACUGUAGCUGCCGCUGGGAUUGUGAACAGAGGGAGGAGAUACUGGUUCUGUCACAGCCAUUCCCAGAGGAGAAAUCAGCUGCACCACCGCACCUUUGGCGCUGAGAAACACCACUACCACGGCCGAGUUCCACUGCCGAUAAGAUUUUUUAAGUCUGGUUUCUGUCCUUUUGAAAUUCCGGGAAGAUUGUUGAUACUACGUAGUUGUACAGCUGCUAUUAUCAGAGAUUCGGGCCGCUGCUGUCACUUGAAAAUUAUUGACAGAGCUGCUGCUGGGUCGACUUGGAAUUACGGCUGCUUCGCUUGUUAUUACAGUUUGAGUUCUGAUGAUUGCGCGUCGCAUAAGUGUUGCGGAGGCUGCUGUGCCAUUCUUUUUAUUUCAGAAGUAGUAACCGAGCUUAUAUGUGGCAUUGAGGCUGUUUCUACUAUUGAGAAAAAAUAAGCAGACCCGAGAUUUUGAUUUUUGAUUUCGAGUUGAGGCGGAAAUGACUCUAUGAGGUGUUUGGGUUGUGGUUUCGUGUGUCGAGGAUAUGGACGCAGAAGUCACGAAGAGUUUAUCUAGUUGUUGUCGUGAUAUUUUGUAUUGCUUUUGUUGUUGCUUAUUGUUCCAUUGCCUAUAUCUUUAUACAUUUUGUAAGAGGGAUAGGAAUUGUAUUGGUUAAUGCUUGUAAAGUUAUUUAAUAUAUAUAUAUAUAUACAUACAUAUGUAUGUACUCUUUGAGUU